AUGGCUGACGAUUUCGACUAUUAUGACUCGUUCGAUGUUAUCAAAAAUUUGCCGACAACUUUUUACAGCGAUGAGGGUGGAGUGAAUAGCAAGAAAUGGCAGGAACGAAAAGACGCUUUGGAGUUUGUUAUUUGGGCACUCGCGAAGCUCAUCUCCGACAAUCCGAAGCUCGAUUCAAAGGCCAACUAUGGAGAGUUAAUUAGCACACUGAACAAGCUACUUGGCAAAGAUUCAAACGUCAAUGUGAAUGCGGUAGCAGCCCAAUGUCUCGCCGGAAUAGCUUACGGGCUACGUACCAAGUUUGGACCAUAUGCUUCGACGGUGUUACCAACUGUAAUUGAGAAGCUAAAAGAGAAAAAGGCGCUGCUUCGAGGACCGGUUGUUGAGUGCUUGUAUAAAGUUGCAUUUACGACUUCACUUGAUUCCCUUCAAGAAGCUCUAAAUACUUUGGACGCGGAUCAUGAGGUUCGAUCAGCAUCUAUUGAAGCUUUGGGAUCAAUGCUUCGAGCAACGGGCCCCGGAGGAAAUGCCUUGGUUAAAGAAAUCGCCGAAGAUAAAGCUCGAAUGGAGAAAGUCCAAGCAGCUCUAGAGCAAGCGAAAUUAGAAGUUGCCGAAGAACAAGCGCAAGAACCGAUAGCAGCAGCUCAACCAACUGUCAACCAUGCACAAGAGGGCGAAGAACAGACAUCUACAGCAGCGGUCUCUACUCUCGAAGCUGUCGAUCCAUUCGAUUUUCUUGACCCAUUUGAUGUUGUAUCGAAGCUCCCGUCUACAUUCUAUGACGAUGAGGGUGGUGUUAUGAGCAAGAAAUGGCAAGAUAGAACGGGAGCUCUUGAGGCGUUAUUGAAGUUAAUGGUCGAAAACCCAAAGCUAAAUCCAAAGGCCAACUAUGGAGAGUUGAUUGGAACUUUGAACAAACUACUUGCAAAGGAUUCCAAUAUCAAUGUUGCAGCGCUGGCGGCAAAAUGCCUCGGUGGUAUCGCUUAUGGGUUAAGGAGAAAGUUCGGACCGUAUGUUCUCGGAGUUUUGCCAUCAAUUUUGGAGAAGUUCAAGGAAAAGAAGUCGCUGCUAAGGGAUUCACUUGUUGAAUGCAUCGAUCGCGUUGGAGCUACGGUUGAUUUUGAGACGUUGGAAGAAGGAUUGACACAAGGCUUGGAAAACAAAAAUCCACAAAUCAAGACUCAAACCGAUUCCUUCGUCGAACGAUAUUUGCGCAAACCAACUUCACAGAUAAAGCCGGAGAAAAUCAAAGGGAUUUGUGCGCACCUUGUGAAACAUACCGGAGAUCCUGAUGUGGAAGUACGUGAGGCUGCUUACAACGCUCUUGGUUCAAUUCAACGAAUUAUCGGCGAGAGGGUGCUUAUGAAUUGGUGUCAAGAUAUUGCAACGGACAAGAUCAAAAUGGCGAAGGUUAAUGAAGCAAGUCAAAAGUUGAUUCACGAACUUGGCCCCCAUGUGCCCGUCGCGGCUAGCCAUCCCUCAACUUCGACUGCUUCCGAUCAGUCAUCAAAGAAGUCAGUCCGGCCAAAGUCAUCAAACAGCAGCUUAUCCGUUGUGGAAUCUAAAAAGCAGAAGAUCACGAAGGAAAACAAAGUUAGAGAAUCCGCCCCCAUUGUGCCCGUUGUGAAAGUAGAGAAUCGAAAGAAAACUCCUGCUGUACAAAAUGGAAUAUCCAACAACAUCACCAAGAAAGCGCCGCUCCCUUCUCCACCGACAUCCGCUCAAGGGAAACCACCGAAUGCAUCACGGAAAGUAUGCUCGCAAGUGACGUCAGCUCGAAGCCCUCGAUUGUACAAAGAAGUCGACUUGACCGGCUCAAAGAUGCCCCGUUUCCGUCCGAACACUGCA